AUGCUCAGUUUUGCCGCCAUGGUGGGUGUCAUCGUCACUUCGGCCUUCGGGACGUUGUACCUGGAGCGGCAGCUCAAGGCCAGCUCCAAGGAUCCGCUCUUCGUGCAGUUGCAUCAGCUCAAUGCCGUCGGCUUGACAGGUGCCCUGCUUGUGGCCAUGCGGUCUUCUCAGAAGGAGCCCGAGCUGCGAGACCUCGACAGUGAUGUCCCGACUGCCGCUCCAGUCGAGGACCUGGAUCCUUCCAGCCCGUUCUUGCCGCUACGAGUUGCACUCAGCGUCUCCUGUGUGGUGGCUCGAGGUGCUCUGAAUGGGAGCGUGCUGAAAAAGUUGGAUGCACUGACCAAAGGAUUGAUCGAUGUGACGGCGAUUGUCUUGUGCACCGUGAUCCAGGUGUUGGCCCAGGGAAGACAGACAGACGUCACCGCCAUGGGUCUUCAGAUGAUGAUGUUGCUCUCAGUGCUCGGCUUCGUCUCCGCCCGGCAAGUGGCGCCUCCCAUCGUCGAUGAGCCGCCCUUGCUGCCUUUGCGGCAGAAGUCUCCCAGGGUGUGGCCUUGGGAGGAAGAAAGGCCAAUUCCAAAAGCCUUGUGA